GAUAAUAGCAGAGAAGUUGGAAAUGGCGAGGUGGUGGAACGGCGCCGCAGGUGGGUUGAGCAGGGCAGUUGCGUUGGUGAGGCCUAGGGCUUCAUCAUCAUCAUCUGCAACUGCAUCGUACCACACCAUACAGGCAAUACCAAGAGAUUACACAGGUAGCAGAAUGUCCGCCAGGGACAGAGCCCAAGGCAGGAUCCCUGCCGUCAUCUUCGCCCAGCAAUUCCAAGAACUCGACCCUAAUAGCAGUAUCAGUAGUGGCAAUGACAGUAGAAUUAGCACGGCCGUAUCAAGGAAGCAUCUCAUCACCACUGAAAGGAAACAAAUUCAUUCCAUACUUAAGUCGGUAGAACCUCUAUUCUUGUGCUCUACCACGUUUCAGCUCCAAAUUCGUGCAGGUGCCGGCUCCUCUCACCUCCUCGAGUCCGGAACAGUGCUUCCUAUAAAGAUUCAUAAGGAUCCCGACACCGGGAAAAUCCUAAACCUGGUUUUUGCUUGGGCUCAGAGUGGUUCAGAGUUGAAGGUCAAUGUGCCAAUCAUUUUUAAGGGAGAGGAUCGUUGCCCUGGGAUCUUGAAAGGAGGGCAUCUGAACAGGAUAAGAGCAAGUUUGAAAUACCUGUGUGGUAUACUGGUAUGUGAUGGCAAUUGCAGUAAAGGGAGGAUUUCAUGGAAGUUCCUUUCUAGGGUUUCACGGUGUCUGAGAAAGAAGAAGAAGCCCCUGUUCUUGCUUCUUCCGCCGUCAGAUCGAAGAUGA